AACAUACAUGGUAACUCCUAAGCUGGCACGAGGUGUUAAACCCGUGUGAUAACGACUGUCGUUUUCCGGCCACGCGAGGAUAAAGUAAGUUACAUUCAUUCAUUCAUUCAGCCAAAUCGUUUUCUAAGCAAAUCGUAAUUGACAUACAGGUUAUCACAUGUUGGUCUGACACUUUAAAAUGUUUCAAUAUGUAUAAAACAUGGCCAAGUUCUCACCACUUCCAAGGCUUCAGUUAAAAAAAAUUAUUUAGUUAAAGUAAAAUCAAAAUUAGGAAAAACCUUUAAGUUCACUCUAUACAAGUAGUAAUAGUGGAAGCUCAAUUUAAAUGGCAUGCUUUCUAACACAAUUUCAUUUAUAACAUAUUGCCACAAAUUACAGAGAAAUAUGUUGUUAUACAUCUUUGUGUAUGCAUCAGCUGCAAAAUGUAAAUACUCUUCGCUGAUUUCUGCCUAUAUAUACAAAGCAACAUAAUAUUACAUAAACACAACUGUUUGUCAACAAAAUUUAACACUACAAGAAAAUACAACAUACCGAGACAAAAUUUCUUUCAAUUUUAUUUAAACACUGAACCACAGUAUAUCAAUGCUUCAUUUCAAAGGUAUAGAUUGCAACAUUUAUAUAGAUACAACAUUAAAAUGGCAGUUUUUAAAUAAAGAGCACAAAGCAAUUAUAAUUCUACAGCCAUUAUUUAGACAAAAUGAUUUGGUUCAAGUUGGGAAUUAAAUAACAGAAGCACCAAACUAGUUCAAACACCAGCGACACGCGUUUUUUAGUAAAAGGCCUUUCUAGCAUAACACAUAUGUUCACAGUCACGGUUAAAACCCUUUGUGUAGAAGCUUUGUGCAACAAUCAGAUUGAUUUCACCAUUCAAGCAUGCUGUACCCGUUGAGUGCAAACACAUUCUCAGCGUGCGGUGGGCUAGAAAAAAAUAAGCUGUAUUUUCCACACAAGUGACUAUUAACACCCAAAGAGCAGAGUAAAAUAAUGAAAGUUUAUGCUGUACUCAUUCUGUUUCUCUUCACACUUGGAAACUGUAAAAGAUGUGACAACGAGAAAUGGAUUACUCCUUGUAAAAACUCUGAGGGGCCCAUGGCCAUGAUGAAAACAGGAGAUUGUGACUUCUGCAACAACACACAAAGGUUCUGCGAGGGAGAAUGUUUGGGUUUGAACUUCUUCACCUGCUGGGAUCGACACGUGUUCGAAAACCCUGAUCGGUGUGAUGAAGCUUAUUGUGAAGUAGUUGAUGGUAAACGAACUGGAGUCUGCACCAUGCGAGAUGUUGUUUCAAAAAAUAAUAGUAAGGAACAGGGCGAAGAAGAACCAUCAGAAGAUGGCAAAGAAAAGAUACCAGAUAAAAACACAGAGAAACCAAAGGAACAUGAUGAAAAUAAAACACCAGAUAUUGAUGAUAAAAGCGCAACCAACGACCCAAAUAAAGAAGUUGUAAAUAAAGACCAACAUGAAGAUAUCUCCAAUGUGGAAAUGCCAAAUGAUGGAUCAAAUAAUAAAGACAAACAAAAGGAAGCUGCUAAUGGCGUAACACCUGAAACUGUAACACCAACCAAUAACCAAUCUAAGGCUGAUAAUUUCAUAGAACCUGCUGAUGAUAAAGGAAAGAAUAAAUGUAAUAAUGAAGGAGGUACAUGUGAUGGCACAGAUGAUAAAGAUUCCAAAUCUACAAGUUUUGAUCUUGUAGUUUCAGUCAUUGUUUUAGUUGUUAGUGUGGUGGCGCUAAUAGCAGUAUGUAAUGUGGGUAAUCCAAGGGAAGCUCAAUAUGAGUUUGUGCAAAAUGAAAGGGAAGAAGAGCAACCACAAUUGAAUGAAGGGCAAGAACAAAUGGAAAAAGGACAAGCACAAAUGGGAGGACAUGAAGAAAGGAAUGGACCAGGAGAACCUGGAAAUAUGGAUGGACAUGAAGGGGAGCCAAAUUGA